UUGUUGUGUCUUUGUGCAGAACAACCCAAAGAGGAAACUGCCCUGACUCAAUCUCUGGCCGCCAGUCAUCAUCGUCAAUCAGUGUGAGGACAAAGUCGGAACAGAACACCCUCGCACCUCCUUUCAAAUUGAACUGCCGGUACCACAGCAGCAGCAGCAGCAACAGCAGCGGCGUGCCACAGAUCCAGCUGACCUCCACAGCGCUGCUGGCAUGGCGGACGCUCCACUCAACAACUCCUGGCCCUCUUUCUCCAAGCUCUGGAUGAAAAGGUGGUCCUUCAAGAGAGCCUCUGAGUGCAAGCCAUACAGCGGACCAAUUGGACAAACAAGUCGAAGUGCUAGUAAACAAGCGAGUGGAUCGUGGAGUGGACCACAUGUUGCACUUCCCGCUCCUGCGGGGACAAUGUCCUCGCCCUCUCCAUCGCCUCCCCCCGUCACUGAGGAUGUCUUUUUGGAGGGCACCAACGAGGAUCAGGAUGAAUCGUCUGUAGUGAGCGAGUCUGAGGUGAAAGGUAUGGAGGUGAGCAGCAGCACGGAUGACCUGCAAGGCCUUAGCUCUUCCUUUGGAGACUCGGACUACUUCAGAGACCUGGACAUCAAUCUCGACGGUCCACUGAAAACCAGCAGUCCCGAGCUGACCUCCCAGACAACAGCACCCCAUCUGACUGAGCGAGUAUCAUCCAAGGAAGCGCCCGGCCCUCUGGUGGUUACCCAGCUGAGCCCCAAACUCUUGCCGAGCUGUGAGAUUGACAGCCACGACUCCUUCGUCCUGGGAGUUGGUCUUAGCGUGACCAUUGAUCUGGAUGGACUGUUGGGAUCAAUGGAAGCAAGUCCCACCAAAAGAGAAUCAUGUAACCAUGGAAACAUGGUGCGUUUAAAUGGAGAUGUUGACAUUGACAGUUUUCCUAAUUUAGUGAGAUCCAUGUCGACCUCGCGAAGACACAGCUGGGGUGUUCCCCUUGCGCCCAUCAACCUGGGAAGGAGACUGAGUCUCGACACCAUUGCCGUGGACAGCGAUGGAGAUGAGGAUGAAGAAGAGCACAAUGAUCCCUUCCAGUCCACCCAGCAGAAGACUGACAGCUGCAUUGCCUGUCCACUGGAGGAAACAGACGGUCCCAAGGAAAGGCUCUUCUCUCCCAUCGCUAAGACUGAUGGCGUUCCCGGCAAGCAAGUGUAUUCCCGCUCGGAGAUCCUUGCCACAGAUGAAUGUUCACGUGCAGCACACAUCUCUCGUAUUGUGCAGACAUCCAAACAGGCUGCGAGGGCAGCAGGAGCAGAGGAGUUUGACCCUGAGGAACACCUGCACUCCAAUGAGGGGCAAAGUCAUAUUGCCAAACAGAGGAACAACAAAGCCAAUGACAAAGAUUCUGAAAAUGUCACGUGGUACGAGUUCCUCUCCAAUGAGAAUGAGGAAGAGGAGGAUCGAAGUGGGAAGGUAGAAAAAGGCACCAAGGUAAAGAGGACUCUCAGCUCGUUGAGGAACAGGAUGACCGGCUCCUUCAAUAAAGAUAAGGGUAAGAACCGAGAGAAAGAGCAGCAGAGGGGUAAGGAGAAGGACAGGGAGCCUACGGAGACAGAGUUCAGCCACAACAAUGGGCAUGUUUUAGCGCUCGGCACUUUUUCCAGCUGCGCCACCUGCUCUCUAUGCGGCAAGACACUGCAGAAGAAACACAGCCUGCAAUGCAUGAAUUGUGCUGUGAAUGUUCACAGGAGCUGUAAGUCUCUGCUGGGUGAGUGCACCAGCACCAAGAACAAGAGAGAUUCUUUAUCGAGGACAGGCCCAUCUGGAUCCCCCAAUCUUGCACUAAAAGACCGCCACAGAGAGCAGGAACAGUCGUCACAAACCUUGAAUGGCCACGCAAUAUUUGACGGCCCCCCUGGCAUGACCAUCAUUCCUCGGGGACCAAGUAACCAACCGACUGCAACAAAUAACAUCACCACUCCAGGAGCUCCUGCUUUAUACCUCGGCCACAGCCCACGCCACCACAGCAGCUCAGGAUCUCUCCCCGGAGAGAUGGAUGAAACCGACGCUCUUCGCUUGAAGCGCUGCAAUGAAGACACCAUUUCCCUCGUUCCCUCCACUACAGAGUCUAUAAUCGUGGAAGAUGCUCACUAUGCUGCAGUGCGAGCUGAUCUAGAGUGUGAUGCCCAGGACCUGGAAGCAGAGUCUUGGAGUUUGGCCGUUGACCAACAGUUUGUUAAGAGACACUCUAAAGAGGCCAUGAAGAGGCAGGAUGCCACAUAUGAACUGAUGCAGACGGAAAUGCACCACGUGAGGACACUGAAGAUAAUGCUCCAUGUGUACGUGAGAGAGUUGAAGGAGAACCUCCAGAUGGAUUCAAGCAGAGUGGAAUGUAUUUUCCCGCGGUUGGAAAACCUCCUGGAGCUCCACAUGCAUUUCUUGUCCUCUCUUAAAGAACGCAGGCGAGAAAGCACUGUUAUGCCCACCGAGGGCAACUACACAGUGGACAGAAUAGCAGACAUACUCAUUGCGCAGUUUUCAGGUGUUGUCGGCGAGAAGAUGAAGGAGUGCUAUGGUGAUUUCUGCAGUCACCACACUGAGGCUGUCAGCUACUACAAAGAGCAGAUGCAAACAAACAAAAGAUUCCACAGCAUCAUACGGAAAAUCAACAACCUGUCCAUUGUGCGAAGGUUAGGAGUGCCUGAGUGUAUGCUGUUGGUAACACAGCGCAUUACCAAGUACCCGGCUCUGGUCGAGCGCAUCCUACACAGCACCGAAGAGGGUACCGAGGAACACACAGAGCUGAACCGUGCGCUAGGCUUGAUUAAAGACACUAUUGUUCAAGUGGACUCAUUGGUUAAUCUGCACGAGAAGACAUGUCGCCUUCGUGACAUCCACAACAAGGUGGAGCCAAAGGCCCUGGGCAAAAUCAAAGAUGGACGAGUGUUUCGCCGAGAAGACUUGGCGCAGGGUCGGCGACGUCUCCUGCACGAGGGCACCGUCAACUGGAAAGCUGCCUCUGGCAGACUCAAAGAUAUUCUUGCAGUUCUCCUUUCUGAUGUGUUACUCCUGCUACAAGAGAAGGAUCAGCGAUAUGUAUUUGCAGCGGUGGACAACAAGCCAUCAGUCAUCUCUCUUCAGAAGCUGAUUGUUAGGGAGGUGGCACAUGCUGAGAGAGCCAUGUUUCUGAUCUGCGCGUCCUCCAAUGAGCCGGAGAUGUACGAGAUCCACACGACCUCUAAAGAAGAAAGAAACACUUGGAUGACCCAAAUCCGGCAAGCUGUUGAGAGCUGUCCUCAUACAGAGGAGAGGCUGUUUAGUGAAGAGGAAGAAGCUCGAGCUUCCAGGUUAAAAGAAUUUCAAGAACGUCUAAGCCAGAAGGAUGCAGUGAUUGUCCAGGCGCUCUCUGAGAAGCUGCAACUUUUUGCAGACAUGGCAGAGUCUGUGGCAGGUCUGGAGGACACAGCUUCCCGCUCCAAGCUUCUUUUACGGGGUGAUGCCUCAGAUCUCCAGCAGGGGGAAGCCUUGCUUAAAGGAGCCAUCACCGAGGUUGAAAACCUUCAGAAUUUGCUCCAGUCUGGAGUGCGGGAUAAAGUCUUAUCAUCACAUCAAAAUGAAGGGAGCAACUCUGGACUCCUGCCCAGGAGAGCAGACACUUUUGGUGGCUAUGACAGCAGCCCCACCAUCCUCACUAAGAAUGGCAACAUGAAGAAGAAUUUUUCUGGCGAAUCCAGAAACAGAGACCGAAGCCAGCGGGCCAGCUCUGACCCUCAGCUCAAAGAUCUCUGUGGCAGCCAAACUCUGGAGCAGACGGUUGAUGAGAGCUGCUGCACACCAACGAGAUGGAAUAGGAUCUGGUCCAACUCAUUCCCCGAGGCAGAGUUCUUUGACAAAGUAUUAAUGCUUUCUCAAAGGCUCUACAGUCUUCAGGCCAUCAUCUCUCAGCAGGACAGCCACAUUGAGCUGCAGCGUGUCUCGCUGACAGAGCGUGCCUCUCUGCCUGGGCGCCACCGCGGGAACGUGCUGCUAGAGCAGGAGAAGCAGCGCACGCUGGCCCUGCAGAGAGAGGAGCUCGCCAGCUUCCACAAACUGCAGUCUCAGCAUCGCCAGGAACAGCAGCGCUGGGAGAAGGAGCGAGGGAAGCACCGCCAACAAGUGGAGGCCACAGAGGCCAGGCUGCGGCAAAGGGAGGAGGAAUGCAGGCGGCUGGAGGAGCGACUGGCAGAAGAGAGGGUGGAGUUGGAGAGGCAAAGGGAGACGUACCAACAAGACCUGGAGAGACUCAGGGAGUCCACUCGCGCAGUCGAGAAAGAGAAGGAACGCCUAGAACACCAGAAGAGGAUCAAGAGGAAAACCAUUGAGGUGGCGCCGAUGUCCGGCAGUCUAAAUGGGGAGCUCCUUUUAUCCUCUGGCCUCAGCAGCUCUACCGGCCUCUCCGACACACCCCUGCCCCCGAAGGCCCUGGUGCGCGGCAGCAUGUCGGUGGCACCGGCUGACUACCAGGAACGGCCCGAGGUGACGCUGCGCAGAGACGCCAGCUCCUCCACCCUGCCGCUGAAGACGGAAGUGCCGCUGCACCUCUUCAGCACCACCAACCAACAGCACAAAUUGGUGGGAGUGCAGCAGCAGAUCCCCACCAAGCUGGCCGCCCUCAGCAGCGGCAAAGGCAAGGGAGUGAAGAGCGGGAAGGCAUCGCAGCGCACCGACAGUACUGCCUCGGUGGACAUGAAGCAGAUUCUCCCCCUGAAGCUGUCGGCGCGUGACGACGGCGCUGUCAAAGCCAAGCGCUCUGUCAGCCCCCACCAGCCAGCGCCGCUGUCUGCGCCUCCUCUGCCUUCCUCCCUCCAUCAGCACAGAGAUCACCAGCAAAGUCCUUUGGACCUUUUUGGACCAGAUUGUCAAUCCAACAUGAUUAGCGGCAGCCACCCCGCAACAAUCCAGAAGCCCCCUGUGCCACCCACUCAGCCCUCUCUGCAGUCUUCCGUGCAGCCUGCCGCCAUCCCGGCCCACUCGCACACCACCGCAUCGCUGCAGUUCCCGGCCCAGGUGCAGCCACAAGGCCUUGGCUCGAACCCCCACAUGCUUGCGCAGGGCCUUGGCCUCAGUCACAGCAUGCCGCUGCCGCCACCGCCGCCGCCCUUCAACAUCAACACAGAAGACCUCAACAAGGAAGACGUCAUCUUCUUCUAAACUCUACUGAGUCUCUGCUAUGGAACAGCCACCUGGUGGUCUCCUUUUUUUUUAAUUUAAUACUUUUAGCUCAUUUCUAAACCCAAACAAGAGCAGCGCAAGUGUGGCUACCUUGGGCCUAUUGAAAUGAACGUGCGCCAAUCCAAAGAUGGGAGUCGCUGAUUUGAAGACGACACUGCCAGGUGCUGAGGCGUCGAAGAAGGGAGGCGCCGAGGCCCGACUGUAGGAAGUCCCAAGUGAUGGAACGCUGUCUGCUUGAUGGUUCAUUUGCACAGUGUAAAUAUUCCAUUCCUGACUCUUGAACGAGCCUUUAUGGUUAUUUUUUUUUGUAAUGGUUUGUACAGUUGUCAGACUCUUUGGAUGUUUAGUCACUUCUGUUCUUAAUUAUGCUUUCAUGGAACAUUUUAUUUGCAGUCAAGUGCUGUUUUCCAGCUCGGACAAGCCCAAAAAUGAGCUAUUCAGCACAUGUUAGACACCACACCUUGACUCGCUCUGAAAUAAUUUCUUGAAAUCUGCUUUCCCUUCCCCACCCAUCCAUUAAAAAAAAUGUUUAUUAUGUAUAAGGAGCCCAACUCGGCACACUUCGGCGGUAUAACCUUGACUAAUCACCUGUCAGUCAAUUUUAAGGUUAAAUUGAAGUGUAACAAGAACAAUUCUGACAUCAAAUCAUAAUGUACCCGUUUGAUAUUACUGCUGUGACUGAUUGAUAUUUUUGGUCUACCGCUUCAAGGAAAAAUACUUUCCCGUGCUGUAAUUCCGCCAUGCUGAGACUCGCAAGACAAAGCCUGAAGGUCAUUACUGCGGACAAGCUCGAAACUGUUUGAACACAUUCCUCGCUUCCUCCCACUUUGCGCUCUUCCUCUUCUCUGAGCUGCAGUCACGCAGGGAAGGAGUCUCCCGUUCAUGUCUUGGCCUGCUGAUUAUUUUUCUGUCGGAAUGGGGUCACAUCUAUAUCUUACGUGGGAUGUAUCUAUGUUGGAACAUGGCACUUUUAUUUUAAGGUACCAGCUACGGCAAUCGUGCGCGUGUGUGAUUGAUGACUGAUGACGUGUCAUGAGCAGGUACUGUGGCAGAAAGCUGAUGUCGGUCGCGAAUGUGACUGAAGAAACAUGUCGAUGUCCGUCUCAUGACAUCCAUUAACUUAAGCGGGAAAUGUCCGUGAAUCUCUUCACAGACAUUUGUCACCUGUGUAUAUUGUGUCCAUUUGUGUACAUAUUCUUUUUUUUUUUUUUUUUUUUCAUUUUUAAAUUAGGUACAGACUUUAUUUGACAGCAUAAA